GUGUUGGCAAUGUUUAGCACAAAUUGAAUAUAUUUUUUCAUUGAUGUAAUCAUUCAAUCAUUUCAUUGAAAGCAUUGAUUCAAUAAUUGAUAACACAUUUGAUCCACAAUAUUGAGCGCCAAUUGAAUCAACAAUUAUUGAAUCAAUCGGUUUGUUUGGCCAAUCAAUUGGUGUCCAUUGAAAAUGUCGAGACGGACGCCAAAGUCGUCGACUGUCUCGUCUGAUGUCGAGAUGACUGAUGUCGACAAAGAAGAAGAAAAGCAAAGAAAACGACUGAAAGAGGCCGAAGAUAAGGCUGGAGUUUCGUUUGGAUUCUUCGAAGAGUUCUUCAAACUAGAUGGCGAUCCGACCGCUAUGUUGACCAAUCCGAGUCUCAAUCCACUCGGCAAUCCUAACCGUGAAUGGUAUGCCGAUUCAGUCAAGAAAGAAGAACCCGAAGUCAAAGAGGAAAAAAAAGAAAGUAAAUACAGAGGAAAACAAUAUGUGACCGAAGUUCGCGAAAAAGAGAGACAAAGGAUUAUUAAAGCGCAAAUAGAAGAGAAUCGACAAAAGGCCGAACUUCGGCAGGAGUUAUACGACAGUCCGGAGCCAAGUCAUGCGUCGAGUCAGAUGUCGAUCAGUGGCCAAUCUAAACGACCGCAAAGCAGAUUACGACAAUUUUUGUCCACCCAAUCGCUUCAGUCGACGGCAUCGACUGAUAUAUUAAGUGUUGGUACGGCUAAACCUCCGGCAUUUCCGCACACCAUCGAAGAGGGCGAAGAUAUGAGUGAAUUGAUUAGUCAGUACUUUUCCAGCGAUAAACCAAAACGCGCUGCACUGCCGAUCACUAAAUAUGAGGAGACGAUAUUGAGCGCAAUCGACAUUAACCGAGUGAUUAUUAUCGAAGGCGCCACAGGUUGCGGUAAGACUACACAAGUUCCGCAAUACAUUGCCGAUCACUGUGCGGGACAGGGAUUACCGUUCAAUAUAGUGGUUACUCAACCGCGACGUAUCGCAGCCAAGUCUAUCAGUGCCCGUGUGGCUGAAGAAAGAGGCUGGGAAUUGGGGACUAUUGUUGGAUAUCAAAUUGGUAUGGAUAAGUCGAAAGUCAAUGAAGACACUCGUUUACUUUACUGUACGACUGGAGUACUUCUUCAACGACUUAUAAACACCCGUAAACUCGACAACUAUUCGCAUAUUAUUAUCGAUGAAGUUCACGAACGAUCCAUUGAUACAGAUCUGCUAUUAUUAGUUAUUAAACGAUUAAUGUCUGUUCAAAGUGUAUCCGUAAAGAUCAUAUUGAUGUCGGCCACGUUUGAAGUGCCAAAACUGAUGGACUAUUUUACAAUUCCUAUCUUUAACAAUGAGGGUCAACAGAUCAACGAGUUUUCGCCGGCACACAUCAAGAUUAUUGAGAGACCACACAAAUUGUCAAUUUUUUAUUUGUCUUCAAUCAAAAGUGGUCUAAACAUUUUGGAUACACCGCAAUACCGUGAUAUCCGUGAAUACCAGAGUGCCAUUAUCGAUAAGGACAUUCCUUGUGUGUCUUAUGAGGCUAUGGAGGUCUGUGUUAAGAUACUUGAAGAGGGCCUCGAGGGUCUCGAUGAGUCGAGUACUAAAGGAUCUGUUUUGGUGUUUCUUCCCGGACUCGAGGAAAUCACUGAAUUAAAGGCUCGACUCGAGGAUAAAAAAGAUACGUCUAAACCGAGUAAAAAUUGGGCCAUUUAUCCGCUUCACUCAUCCAUACCACUUGAUAAACAAAAUGAAAUUUUUAAACGUCCGCUGCUCACUGAACGAAAAGUUAUAUUGGCCACCAAUAUAGCCGAAAGCUCUAUAACUGUGCCCGACGUGACUUAUGUUAUUGAUUUUUGUCUGACCAAAACACUUGUAUGUGAUAUAGAAACUCAUUUCCCAGUUCUUCGACUGGAAUGGGCAUCAAAAGCCAAUUUGGAUCAAAGGGCCGGUCGUGCUGGACGUGUAAGUACUGGUCGAGUUUACCGUUUAGUCGAAGAACCUUUUUUUAGACGCUUGCCUGACUAUAACGAGCCAGAGUUGGUCCGCGCACCACUGGAUCUAUCGAUACUUAGGGUCAAGAUGUUAGACAUGGGAUCACCAAAAGAGCUCUUAGGAUUAGCUCUUUCACCACCCGAUUUGGCUGAUAUUUAUCAAUCGAUGCUUCAACUCAAACAAGUGGGCGCUUUUAAAAUCAUGACUACAGAUCGGGAAACAAAUCGAGUUUAUUAUGAUGAAGAAGAUGGCGAUAUCACCACAUUGGGAGUCAUUAUAUCUAAUUUGCCAAUCGAUAUACGACUCGGCAAACUUGUCGUUAUGGGACAUGUAUUCGAUUGUCUCGAAGAUUGUAUUAUAAUAGCUGCCUGUCUUUCAACUCAUGGUAUUUUCCGUAAGGAUUUCAAUGAAGGACUGAACGCCUAUAAAUCGCGCCUUUCGUGGGCCGACCGAUCAUUUAGUGACGCUAUUGCGUUGUCUAACGCAUACAAAAUAUUUAAAAAAUAUUCCGUUGACUUUGAAGGCGACCGGAGCGGCAAAUUGGCUGAGAGUUGGUGUCGACAAAACUUUUUGCAAUACAAGCGUCUACUCGAAGUUGAUUACAUGAUCGGUGAUCUGAUCAGUCGUUUAGCUUAUUCUAAUAUCAUACCUCCUAACCGACCCAAUCGUAAGCGUAAUCGACACGAAGACGAAUUGAUUGUAAAAGUUGUGAUGUGCGCCGCUUUUUAUCCCAACUUCUUUACGCGCAAUCAGAUAGACAUCGAAAACAUUCCGAAAAUGUUGAGCGCGAAGGAUCCGCUUAAGACUGUGGCUAUUAACGGAUUUCCACCCAAUGAGGGUCCUCUCUAUGCUAACAAAAUUCGUCAAUUGUUUUCUACUUAUUGCUCGAAACGCAUUGAUCUCAACUUUGAAGACACUAAAGUCUAUCUAACAUUUUUGGAUGACAGACACCCAUUGACUGAUGCUUUUGAUCGACACGUUCCGUCUCAUCUUAAGAGAGAACCAUCAGAGUUGUCACUUUCAACAAUUAAGUCUGAAUCGAGACCAAGUUCGUCGAUGUCCGACACGGCAUCGAUGUCCAGUUUGUCAUCGAGUUUGACCAGUUUGAAUAGGAUAAGAAUGGGAGACGCCAAAGAUACUCUGAUUAAGACUUCUGUCUACGUGGCACUGGCUAUGAGAGGUUACCGAUCGAUUCCCAAAGAAGUGUCACGACUUCAUCCCAGCAGUCUUUCUGAGCUAAUGAAAAAGCUCGAGAGAGUUAAAGAGGAAUCGAUGUCAGAAUUCAGGACAUUUCGUUCGCAUCGCGUAGCAGUACCUCACGUUACGCCACGAUAUAAGUUGGCUAAACUACCACUGCCGGCGCUCGACUGUUCUGAAAUAGACAUUAAGAUUACCCAUAUUGAGGAUCCGUCUAAAUUUUACGCACAAUACGAUCACGAUUUUAUUAGAACCCAUUUAGAAGAUCUAUCGUUUAUGAUUAACUACGAAUGCGAGUUCCGAAAUUGUCACUCAGAGACCAUCAAAAUUGGCGACAUUGUGAUCGCACCCUAUUAUGAUGAUCAGGGGGCCCGUAUGCAAGGCAGAGGUCGUAUCGAUAAUAUUGAAUACAAAAUGGGCACCAAAGAAGUGGAUCGGAUUUCUGUGUUUUAUAUCGAUAUGGGAUUCAAUCUUACGUUUGACGACUUAAAAGAAGUGUCAAGUGUUACGUCACGUAACAGUACAUCCUUUACAGGAAUACCUCCGCUAGCAUUUGAGUGUUCCCUCUCUGAAGUGAGCCCAUCAGCUAUCAGUUGUUUUGACAAUAGAUGGUCGAAGAGAUCCAUUAAAUGUUUUAAUAGUUUAAAGAAAAAAUCAAUAACUGCCCGCAUUUAUUCAGUGGUCAAUCGGGUGGUUAGAAUGGAAAUAUUUGAAGGCAACAAACGGGACGAAUCAUUCAACGAUAUAUUGGUGUCUAUCGGUUUGGCCGAAAAGAUAACUGAAACACAACAGUCGCAGCUAAAUCACGAUCACCGGCGUCGGGCGUGUCUCGACCGAAACAAAACACUCAGUCAUUCGCAGGAUCCGCUAAAACUCGAAACUUUUGACAAACCGGGUAUCUUUGAUCCCGACGAUGUCAUCGAGUUUGAUGUCGACAGUGAGCGAAAUAAUCUAUUCCGUGACAGUCACGAAAAGAUUGCCAUUAAAGGUCCACACAGUCCUCUUGAGUGUACUUUUAUUGGUGUCAACCGUAAAACUGCUCACAAAACAGUUCACGUCGACAAAGAUUCAGUAAAUCACAUAGUGUUAGAACCCGACUAUAUGUCCAAAACUGGUCGUCUAUUGGUUUCAUCAUCUAUUGGUUUAAGCAAUAAUACAAACAAUAUUACUUUACGCGACACAACUCUUAUGCCAAACAUACGCGGAUUUGCGUCACUUGUGGCAAUGUUAUUUGCACCGCGUGUCCAACUAAGAGCCGAUCGGGAACGCAAAGAAUAUGUCGGCGCUAUCUGUGGUCUCGGAUAUGACAAACGAACUUUUAAAGGCUACGAUCCCGACUCUGACGCUGAGAUUAUUUUUGAUUCUGAUAUAUCGAGAGACGAUGUAAUCAAAGUAAAUAUUAUCCGCUAUAAUAUCAGUACACUGUUGGCUAGUCUUCGUUCGCUGCAAGAGUAUGUCGCCGGAUCUCUGGCCACAACGCAACGCAAAGUCAGACGCAAUAUCAUUCAACUGUUGGACAGACGCCGACGGGUUAUCGAUUGUAGUAAAUAUCAGCCAAGUUUCAAAUGGUUUGAUCUGAAAGAGCACUCGUCUACUGCCGACAAAAAUGAGGCUCAAAUGAAUUCCGAACUGUUGCCCGUCUGCGAACAGGUCCAACUGGUCAACUUUGACUGGUAUGAAGACAUAACAACUAAUUUGGAUCAAUUGAAACAAUCGCAGCAAAAUACUGACAAACAACAGAAGCCGACACUGGUUUGCAAGUUAUGCGGUUUUAAGUCCUACUCGCGUCCCGACAUACAAAUCCAUUUGACGAGUCAACAACAUUUGGAUCGUAUCAUCGAAUUUAACAAAGAGCUAAAGAUUAGGGUCCAACACAAGGAACGCGAAAAAUAUUUACGUAAUAAUGAGAUGGAAGACAUCGAAGAAGGAAAUGAAGAAAUUAUCGAUAUAUUUGAUGAAGACUCUGAAGAAGAUUGA